GUACACUCUUCCACAGUUCCUGCCGUUUUCUUCCCCACUGAGCGACUUCUUCCACACACUGAGUGAUAGAGUGACGAUCUGUCCCAGAGGAGCCCAGGUCGAGCCUAAGUGGCCACUUGUCUGGAAUUUGAGCCCUGGACUUCUCAGAGGCAGUGUGGGGGAAAGGCAAUAAGCACUGUCAUUUACCCAGUGCUAUGAAACACCAGCCACUGUGGCUUAUCUCACCAAAUUGGUAAUGGACACUGGGCUCAGCAUCCUAGUCCUUGGGGGAGUGGGGUGCAGAGAGAAAAUCCCAAGCAGGCUCCACGUUCAGCACGGAGCCUGACACGGGGCUUCAUCUCACGACCCUGAGAUCAUGACCCGAGCUGAGAUCAAGAGUUGGACGCUUAACCGACUGAGCCACCCAGACACCCCAGCAUCCUAGUUCCUCUGGCAUUAUCUUCAUUUACUCUUACAACAGCCCUGUGUGGUGGAUAUUAGUAUUUCACAGGAGACUGAAGCACAGAGAUGUUAAGUAACUUGCCCAGGGUCACAUAGCAAGUAAGUGGCAAAACCAGGAUUUGAACUCCCUGACUCGAGAGCCUGUACUUGUAACCUCCGUGUUAUACUAUUGUGUGGCUGUGCUAAAUCUCUUCCCUUUCUGAGUGGUAAUUUCUUUAUCUGUGAUUGAUGAUCAGAAAUACAUUACCCUGAGCUUCCCUAAAGAUGCCUUGAGAUGGGUCGGCUUUAAGCACUGGGAAGCCUUGUUGGAGACAUUAUCAAGAACUCAGUGCAUGCCCUUUGACUCAGCAGUCAACUUUUGAAAUUUAUCAUAAAGGAUAUAAUCAGAUUUAUGAACAGGGAAUUUCAUUACAGUUUUGCUUAUAAUUACAGAAAAUGAGAAGUAAACAAAAUGUCCAACAGUUGAGGAAUGAAUGAUAUGUAUCCUAUGAUAAAAUAAUAUGUAACCAUUAAAAAUCGUGUGUUCAAGAGGUACUGAAUGUCAUUGGAAAAUUCUCAUUUGUUAAGUGGAAAAACCACUUCAUAAAAUUAUACAUGGUAUGAUGUAUUUAUGAAAGUGUGUAUAUAUAUGUAUAUUAAAUAAAUGAAAAAGAUGGGGAAAAUACCUUAAGGGUAGAGAGUGUAUCCCUGAGAGAUGAAAUUAUGAAUAUUUUUUUAUUUUGCUUUAUUCUUUUCUAGAUUCCUCAAAAUGUCUAUAAUUAACAUGUCUUUUUAAAUUAGAAAAAUGAAGAUUUUUAAAAAAUGUAUCUAUUUAAAAAAUUUUUUUAAUGUUUAUUUAUUUUUGAGAGAGAGGGAGAGAGAGACAGUGUGCAAGUGGGAGAGGGGCAGAGAGAGGAAGACACAGAAUCCCAAGCAGGCUCCGGGCUCUGCACAGAGCCCGACGCAGGGCUCAGACUCAUGAACCGUGAGAUCAUGACCUAAGCAGAAGUUGGACACUUAACCAACUGAGCCACCUAGGCACCCCUGUUUUUUGUUUUUCAAGAUUUGUUCUUCUGGUUUAGGGUUGGCUCCUUUCGAGCAUCUGUUCUGAUAUACUCAUUGGCUUUAAGAGUACCUGGCAGUCAGUAUUGUGAGGGUCUCUGAGAUAAUCUGGUCCAACAUGUUUCAUGUGGGACAACCGAAGCCCAAGGGUACAAGGGACUUAACCAAGGUCAGAAAGAGAACCAGGAGUUCCAGACCCCCAGCCUGGAGCUCAAGCAUCUGCCCAAAGGGCCAUCAUCCCUAGGCCAAGCUGCCAGAAGGGCAGGGAGGAGGAAGGGAAUCACAGCUAGAAUUUACCAUGUAUGGUUAAUGUGUGUUAGUCACAAAUUGCAAGUGAGGCCUUGAAUGCCGAGGGUAGCUGACCUCAUAGACCCACCCAGCGACAAUUCAUCCUGGGAGUGACAGGUGAGAGGGAGCAAAGGGCAGCUGGGUGGCCUGAAGCUAGCAGGGUGUGCCCCAGGCCUCUCCCUGUCACCUCUAGGCCUCUCCCAGCAGUGCUUUCUCCCCUGUGACGGCUAAGGACUCUUACUGCCAGCGGCUGGGCUCGGACACGAGAAUGAAAGGUCUCCACUGGCGUUAUACUCGGCUGCCCAGUCGGGUGGAGGACGCUCUGUCUGUGGAGGAGGGUGAGGAAGAGGAGACAGCCCCGGCCCCAGUCUCAGCUCCUGUUCCUGAAGAUCCUGUGGAGCCCCAGCUGGCAGAAGCCAGCCAGGUUCUAGGAACCUCGGAGAUGAGGCAGCUCAGCCUCCACCUCCCCCCAAGAGUCACCGGACAUUCCUGGAGCCUGGCCUUCUGUACGUCGAGAAAUGGCUUCAGCCUGCGGAGCCUUUACAGGCAGAUGGAAGGCCACAGUGGGCCAGUGCUGCUGGUGCUGAGGGACCAGGAUGGGCAGAUGUUUGGGGCCUUCUCCUCCUCGGCUCUUCGACUCAGCAAAGGCUUCUAUGGUACUGGAGAGACAUUCCUCUUCUCCUUCUCCCCACAGCUGAAGGUCUUCAAGUGGACAGGAAGGAAUUCUUUCUUUGUGAAAGGAGACUUGGAUUCACUGAUGAUGGGCAGUGGCAGUGGCCAGUUUGGACUGUGGUUGGAUGGAGACUUGUAUCACGGCGGAAGCCACCCCUGUGCAACCUUCAACAAUGAGGUGUUGGCCCGGCAAGAGCAGUUCUGCAUCAAGGAACUGGAGGCCUGGGUCCUGAGCGGAUGCCCCCAUCGUGGGAAGCUUCCUGAAGCAACCAGUGCUCACACUUGCUCAUGAAUGCCAUCUAGACCCUCCUUAUAGAGGGCUGCCCAUUUUCUCUGAAGCCUGGAUGACUGUGGUUGUAAGCAAACCUCCCUGUGGUCUGGGGACCCAAGACAGUCAUGGAAACAAGCAAUAUUCUCCUGGGGAUGUGACUCUGAAAGAGUGAAAUGCACUCACAUCUCAUCUGAGCAGCACAAAGUCCCUCAUGAAAUUUCUUUUUAUGUAUUUAUUAGGUAGGCUCCAUGCCCAUCACAGGGUUCAAACUCACAACCCCGAGAUCAAGAGUUGCAUGUUCCACCGACUGAGCCACCCAGGUGCCCCCUGAAAUUUCUUUUUAGAGAUUAUACAAUUAAUACAUGUUUAUUAUAGAAAAACCAGAAGACAUUUAAAAAGUUAAAACUGCCUAGGGCGCCUGGGUAGCUCAGCCAGUUAAGCGUCGGCUUCAGCUCAGGUCAUGAUCUCAUGGUUUCAUGAGUUUGAGCCCCGAAUCGGGCUCUAUGCCGACAGUCCGGAGGCUCAGAGCCUGGAGCCUGCUUCAGAUUCUCUGCCCCUCCCCUACUCACACUCUGUCUCGCUCUCUCUUUCAAAAAUAAACAAACAUUAAAAAAAUUUUUUUUUAAUUAAAACUGCCUACAAUUCAACCACCCCCCAAAUCACGAACAUUCUAGGCAAUGGAUAUAUACAUCUUACAAAAAUGGGAUUCUAUUCUGUAUGCUUUACAAAUUAUUUUAACUUAUAUUGUCAAACCACAGACACCUGGGCUCAACUGGCGAAACUAAGAAAGACUCCAGUAGCAUGUUC